UUUCCAAAAUGGACAAAUCCAUCCUGCUGGAACUCCCCAUCCUGCUCUGCUGCUUUAGGGCAUUGUCUGGAUCACUUUUACAGAGAAAUGUUGCAGUCGAUGAAGAAGUUGUCAUCGAAGAUAAUUAUUCUAUUAUUGUUCAGUGUAGGAUGUGCCACCUCCAGUUCUCAGGAGAAAAGUGCUCCAGAGGAAGAGGAAUAUGCACAGCAACAACAGAAGAGUCCUGCGUGUUUGGGAGGAUUUCCAAAAGGGAUGGUACUCCCUUUUUAAUCUUCAUGGGCUGCCAAAAGAACUGUGCUGAUGUAAAAGGCAUAAGGUGGAGUGUCUACUUUGUGAACUUCAAGUGCUGCAGGGACUACGACCUUUGCAAUGAAGACCUUUAGAAGUUGGUGGUUCUUCUGUGACUCUAAUUUCUGGGUGAGGUUGUUGCCUCAGCCUCUUCACAAUGACUUUCUAAACACACACACACACACACACACACACACACACACACACACACGCUACGGAAGAGGAUUGCAAACACAUGUCUCCACUUUUUGCACAUGAAUAAAAAAAUCCCUCUCCUUUUCUACUCUGUGUUGCCCCUUAAAAUAAGUAAAUAAAUAACCUUGAGAGCAAGAACAAAAUCAAUAUAUUCUGCAGGUUGCUACAAAUCCUAGCACUUUCACUUUAUAACCAAUUUGUUCAGAAAAGGAGGAAAAGGAUAGUUUAAUUUUGAAAAAGAAUCCCUUCCUCUCUCCCCUGCUCCUGUCCUUCCUUCUGGGGCAGGAUAUUUUAAUAUUUUUCACAUUUUUUUCCUCUCUGUGUUAUCAUUCUUAUCGCAUUCCAAAGAAAGCACAUAAAUGUGGCCUGAAGGGAGGGGGAGUGGCAACAUAAAAAGAAGUGGCUCGAGUCUUCUUGGAGUUUGUUCAUGAAUGCUGGUCCCAGGGUGAGGAGAAGAUUGGGACACACAAAGGAAGCUACACCAGAGCCAUGAACAGAGAAAGACUGUCUGCCUUUUAGAAUCAGACUUUGUUUGGGGCUGCGGUUUGGAGAAUAACAGCAGGUGACUAGAGACAGUGCCUGCAUCCUGCUUCCCUGGCAAACUCACAAGGAGGCAUCAACCUCUUGACAGGGAACAGCUUCAGGAUACUUCAGGAUACUUCCAGAGGACAGAACCACUAGCAACAACACAAAUAUUCCCAUGCCUGGAGCAUGGCAUGAAGGGAGCUGAGAACUGUGGGGUCUGAGGAAGCCACAUUAGUCUGGCCACUAGCCAUCUCAUCAGCCACUUGUGUGGACAGAUGUCCCAUGACCCCAGAUGCCUCUCCCACCCCUACCUCUGUCUCACACACACUGGAGCUUCCACUCUGUAAAACUCUAACACCCUGGAGAAAUAUGGCAGUUUGACUGAAUAUGUUCCCAAGGGUAGAGGCUGAUUUCUAACAAAACUUGUAGAAUGAAGCCUGGAAAGAGUGAUGAAUUAUAUUACAUUCUGUAAAUAUAAUAAUAAA